AUGUGUAGGAGGGAGGAUCAGAGUAGAGUGCAACAUGGUGUAGGCAGAUCUGGAGGUUCCUUUUCAGUUUUUAUUGAUGGCUUAAGUGAUGGGGUCACGAAGGAUAUGGUGACAGCGAUUUUUGCUAAAGCUGGUGUGUUGACGGAUGUCUUCGUGCAGUUUAAACGCCGGGAAGGAAGGCAAUUCAGGUUUGGAUUUGUCCGGUUUCAGAAGGAUAUGGAUGCGAGGCGUGCUAUAAGGAUGUUCAACGGCAUGAAAUUCAGAGGAGCCUUUCUUACUGUUAAGAGGGCGCGGUAUCAAGUCAAUCGGGGCUUGGCGACGUCCCCUUUGCGCAAUGAUUCGCGUUUGAAGUUUGCUGUAAGAGGCAAGGUGUGGAAGCCGAAGGUGGUGGUGCAGGAGGACACGCAAAUGAGAAUGGAAGAUGAGUUAAAUUCAAAUGUAAGCUAUUCCUUGGAUGAGGAGGAUGUUGAGUGGGUGAAUAGGUGUGCUUGUGCCACUAUGCACGGGGUUCAGUCCAUGGAAGCGGUGUGGGAGAAGUUGAAGAUGUUCGGGUUAGUUAAUAUGAAGCUUAAAGUGAUGGGUGCGCGAGAUGUGCUUCUAGAAUUUGAGUCGAAUACAGAAAUGCAGGCAACGCUCUCUGAAGCAAAGGCGGUUCUGGAUGAGAUUUUUGAGUGGUUUGGCCCUUGUUCGAAACUAUUGGUGGGAAAAUCUCAAUUGGUGUGGGUGAGAGUUUGGAGAGUACCGGUCGGAGCAUGGAAUCAUUCUUUCUUUGUGGCAAUUGGAAAUACGCUUGGCCAUUUUGUAUGCGUCGAUGGCAUCACUGCUAGAAAGGAGAGGCUCGACUUUGGGAGGCUCUUGGUAAUCACGGCGAACCCGCUCAUUGAACAGCAUAUUGUAGUGGCAAAGAUUGAUGGAGAAUGUUGUGAAGUGAUGGUAGAGAAAGAGAUGUCAAAAUACCAAGAUUGGUCGGGCUUGAGACAGGAAGUAAAGAACCUCAAGAAGGCAGAUUCAUCAAAUUCUGAGGAUCAGAUAUCAGAGAUGGGGAUGGAAGAUCAGGGCCUGAUAAAGAUGGUUGAGGAAGUUCCAGCGGGCAAACAUGCGGUGGUGGAAGUGUUACAACACUUGAAAGAUGCUGGUUACGGGGUGCAGUAG